UGGCCGUGCAACGGUUUCUCCGCAGUGACGCGCAAGCCGCUGCCGACGACGCGACACGAUAACGCUGGACGAGCAACACGACAGCGGCUGUUCCGUUUGCUAAUUUUGAUAAAUUCACUUUCGCGUAUUAUUACCGAUUAAUAAUAAUCAAACCCGGUGACCAUCGUGGUCUUUGUGGCUGGAAGGAAUCGGUAAUGCUCCAUCGUCGAUCUUGAUCUCUUUUUCGAAAAUUUGAACUAUCCGCGAAGAAUUCGAAAGAUUAUUUCGCCACUGUCAUUAUCUAAAACUCAUUAAAAGACUUUCGUUCGAUAGGGACUUUAUUGAUCUUUCAUUUUGAGAAAUAUUUUGGAAAGUACUAUCGAAUCGAAGUUAUAUCUGCACGAGGCGCAAGAUCGAGUUGCGAAGCGGAAGGACAGUCACGAGCGAGUAUAAUUGAAGAAAAGAAUUUUUUUUGGUGGAUCUAUGAACAUGUUCGACACGGAGAGGUUCAUCGAGGAAAUAGAAAGGCGGCCGGCGAUCUACGAUGUGAAUCGCGGCGAGUACAACGACCGUAACGCCAAGAUGACCGCGUGGGACGAGGUCUGCCAGGUGAUGGUACCGAAUUGGGCGCGCUUGACGGACGAGGAGAGAAACGUCGAAGAGAAAAAUUUACGCGGAAAAUGGAGGAAUAUACGAGAUUACUUUAUGAAAGAACUGAAACUUCAGAAAUCGCACAAAUCUGGGCCCGCCGGACGAAAACGGAAGAAGUACAUGUACUUCGAUCGAUUAUUAUUCCUUAUGCCAACAGUGGAGAACAAAAGGAUUCCCACGAGCAUCAAUCUUCCUUGCAAAUCGGAGGAAAGCGAGGGUGAGGUGGACAAUCCCGUGAUCGAGGAGUACGAUCCCCUUACACACGGUGGUGCCUCUAUAACAGGUACCUCUAUAACAGGUAGCCGCGAGUAUCUUCAGACGGGUACACCCUCGUACAAGGUGUGCCCGCGUUAUUCGAAACAGCUGUGCGAGACAUCCUUCACGCCCUUCGACAACGAAAUACAUGACAUCCUCUCCUCGCAUAGCAGUCAACGCGUUACCCUCGACGAGGAUGACUACGACAAGAUGUUUCUUCUUUCGCUGCUACCAAUCAUCAGACAGGUGCCGGAGGAGAAGAAGCUAGAUGUUAGAAUACAGAUGCAGCAAGUUCUGGCCAUGGCGCUCCGUCCGUCUGACAAUAAAUAAACUGUUCAGCGUGCGUGAUUUUUCUUUUUAGCAAGAGAAGAUAAUCAAAAUGUGCAUAGAAUAGAAAAAGUUUUUGCAGUGACUUAUUUACAUUAUGAAUAUCUCGUGAUUUAGCUUGUUUUAGCCUAUUUUCUUGGAGAGAUUAAUUAUCUUUACAUGUUCUAAUGGAAAUUUUGAAUGGAAAUUGUUAGUCUAAGAUUUUAUUCUAAAAUUUAAUGGAUAUGCAUACAUAAUAUAGAAACUAUUUCGUUUACUGUGUCUUAACGCGUCUUUGCAAGGUUUACAUUCGGCAAAGUACUUUGUUAUUUUUUAUUAUGUAAGCAUAAUUGUAGAUAUAGCAUGUUCAUGACGUUUUUAACGAUUAAGGUAAUUGCAUAAAAAGUUUAAACUACACAUACAUAUGUA